AGAGUAUUUCAUUUUAACCAAGAGAUUGCACGAGAAUAGGAUUCAGUGUUAUAAUUUUUUUAAUAUUACUUGACCCCGAGGGCGACAUUAGUUGGACAAUUAGUGAAUAGAUUGACCAUCAAGUUAAAUGGUUAAUUAUGAUUGUCUUGCUAUUGAACUCUCUCACCUGUGGAGACCUCGCAGUUUGAAAAUGUAACUAACUUUUCAGUGAAUCAGUGUCGUGCUACUCUCUCUCUCUUCUCUCCUUCCACCAUUGAUUUCAACGCUAAAUUUCUCCCAACAGUCUCCAUUUUUGUUACCCCUCCACUUUUUCCCCCGUCUCUCUCACUUUUGUUUACUGAAUUCUGAAUGGUAAUCGAUUUAACAAUCGGUUUAUCUUUAAAUUAAUUUAUCAAUUUUAUUUAAUCGGUUUUUCUUCCAUCACACCAUGGCUGCGGCUCCUGAAGCUUCAGCCUCAAUACCACCUAUGUCGGCUCAAGCCUUCUGUCUUCGUCGAAACAAUCAUUCAACUGACAUGUCAGAACACUUUGAGAGAAUGUUUAAGGAGGAAUCAAUGGUAGAUGUUACACUCUCUUGUGGUGAUGGUAGUAUUAGAGCCCAUAAAAUGGUUCUUAGCGCGUGUUCAUCAUAUUUCAAGAAUAUCUUCAGCAAAUUCAUUAACCCAUACCAAUAUCCAGUUGUUAUUAUGAAAGACAUGCCAUUUGCCGAUUUACGCGCCAUCGUUGAAUUUAUUUAUCGAGGAGAAGUUUUUGUACCGCAAGAACAAUUAGCAUCCGUUUUGAAAAGCGCCGAAAGCCUUAAAGUUAAAGGAUUAUCGGAAGUUAAUGCAACAAAAAGUCUGGUACCGCAUGAGGGUGGGGAAACUGCAGCGCAAACAAGCCGUGGUGGUAGGAAAGGACGCAAAUCCAAUACAACCAGUUCUGAUGGAUCGCCUUCUAAUUUCGCUUUUCAAGGAGUUCAAAGGUUUCAAUGUCAUAUAUGCCAUCAAGGUUUCACCGCAAAACGUAAUCUCCAGCGACACAUGCAGAUCCAUUCUUACUACCGUAAUAAAUUUGAGUGUGAUUUAUGUGGUAAAAAAUUCUCGUGGAAGCAUGGACUUAACAGUCACAAAGAGAAGACACACAAUAUCAAUGUAUGACAUUAAACGUAUUCAAUUAUAUCUUUCACCAUGAAUGAGCCAAUCAACCAUAUAAACCUCUCACUGACGUAAAAUAUAUAUAUACAUUCACAACUCAUACCAUGUCUCACUCAAUUUGGACAAUAAAAAACAUGAAAAAUUCACAAAGUUUUUGAUUACUGAGCUUCAAGGCUCAAAGAUUUAUAUUUUCAACUUACAAAACUGUGAAAGAGAUGAGAGACGAAUAAGGAUCUAGACCAGCUUCAAGAGGAACCAUUUUGAUUACUAAUACAUCAAGGAGAGAUAACCAGUUAAUUUAAUUUAUAAAUUUCAACCAUUAUGCAUUAUUGCUUUUUUAAUCCCAAUAUGAUCAAAACUAGACAAACUAAUUCUUGAUUACUUCAUUUCAAAGAUGUCAUUUUAUUCAGUGAUUGAAAUUUUGUUGCAUCAAUUA